GCAUCAGUCGGUCCGGCAGCAGACGGAGAGGAAAAAUACUCACCGACACACACACCGGAGCACCGGAGGAACCGGAGGACCGGCUGAGGAUGAAGAUAAAACACGUCCUGACAGGGAAUAAACCAGCUGCAGCUGCUCGUCUGAUGUUGUUUCAUCAAUAAAUCCUAAAUCAGCAGAAGAGACAAGCUGCUUUAAGAAGAUCUCCGUCUGAACAGAACAGAUGGGCGGGAGCUGAGACAGCAGAAGGACAAAGCGACAGAAAAAGCUCAUCCAUAGGUGCCGUCUCGCUUCCCGGGCUGGAGAUGACGGAUGAGACGUGGGAGAACGGCAGCUUCGCCAGCCCCUCGCCCGGACUCCCCCUGUUUCUGCUCAUGUUAAACGACAGCGAUCUGAACGAGACGCUGUUCAACUCCACCAACUCCACCAUCCCAGAUGUCCCCCCGGGUCUCAGCGUGGCGGGGGUCCUCAUACUGCUCAUAUAUAUAAUCGUGUGUAUCAUCGGCCUGGGUGGAAACACUUUGGUGAUUCACAUCGUGCUGCACUACUCGAAGAUAGAGUCAGUGACCAACAUCUACAUUCUCAACUUGGCCAUCGCCGACGAGCUCUUCAUGCUCGGUCUGCCUUUCCUGGCGGUUCAGAACACCCUCCAGUCGUGGCCAUUUGGCUCCUUCAUGUGCCGUCUGGUGAUGACUGUCGACUGCAUCAACCAGUUCACCAGCAUCUUCUGCCUGACUGUGAUGAGCAUCGAUCGCUACCUCGCUGUAGUCCACCCCAUUCGCUCUUCAAAGUGGCGGCGCCCCCAGGUGGCCAAAGUGGUGAACGGCACUGUCUGGGCUCUGUCGUUUCUUGUUGUUCUGCCUGUGGUGAUCUUCGCCAACAGGGCGGGAGGUACCUGUAACAUCGCCUGGCCACAGCCGGCUAACAUCUGGGCUGCCGCUUUCAUCAUUUACACCUCCACGGUUGGAUUCUUCUGCCCUCUUCUUAUCAUCUGCCUCUGCUACCUGCUCAUCGUCUUCAAGGUCCGCAGCUCAGGUAAAAAAGUCCACGCCACCUCCACCAAGCGCAGGAAGUCAGAGAGAAAAGUGACGCGCAUGGUUGUGAUUGUUGUCGCCGUGUUUGUCUUCUGCUGGCUGCCUUUCUACGCUCUCAACAUCAUCAACCUGAUGGUGUCGCUGCCCUCAGAGUACCAGGGUCUUUACUAUUUUGUCGUAGUGCUUGGCUACGCUAACAGCUGCGCCAACCCCAUCGUCUACGGCUUCCUGUCAGACAACUUUAAGAGGGGUUUCCGGAAAGCCCUCUGUCGCUCCACGAGGAAGGUGGAGAACCACGAGCCCAUGGAGCGCAAGCAGAAGGAGGGCAGGUCAGCGCUCAUGCCCAGAGAGAGCCUGAGACGGGUAGUCAGGGAAGGAGAGGAGGAGGACGACGAAGACGUCUCGGAAAUGACUGAGAUCUACAGAAUCGCCCAGAACGGCAACAGCAGUCUCCAGCCGCAGAGCUCGCAGCCGCUGUUGUCCGAGAAAGGAGCGACUCCAGGAGCGACGGAGCUGUCAUCCCCAGACAGGAAGGACAAAUCUGGGGACAUGAAGGGGAAAGAUACAGCCAACGGGUCCACACUGACUGUACCGUUGCUGCUCAAUGGAACCAAAAAUGGGAGUAUCAAAACUCUGCCAGAGGAAAACUUGGACCAGAGCACCUCACUGGAGAUAAGUUACUUAUAGUGUAAAAUAUGGACCAUAUGUUACUUGAAGUGAACUCAGUAUUACGACACAGAGCAGCCAACACUGAGCUGUUUGUAAUAUAUAAUGAAGACUCAAACAGGCUGGACUCAAAGUGAAGGAGUUGAUAAAGUUUUACCAACGCACUGUUUAUAUUGUGUACAUAUGCAUGAAUAUGAAUGUACAAAGUCGUGCCUUUAUUAACUUUUAUCACAUGUAUCUUGUUGAUUGUUGUACUUAUAACCUUUUUAUUUCAUAAUGUGACAAUCAUUCGCUCAAAUGUGACUGUAUUUAAGCUUAACUCAACAUUCACUGCAACCAUCUAGAACAUUGAUUGAAUCCCAUGCCUGCAACCUCAUCUCCUAUUAAUUAUGUUUAUAUACUUGCCAGUUACGGAAAAUGUAAUUAUUGCCAGGAUUAUGUUUUUUAGUUGUAAGAAGGUGGUCGGGGUGGAUGGAGGGUGUACACAACGUAGGACAAGGAUCACAUCCUGAUUCCAUUGUGUGGUUAGGUAAUGUUUGUGAAACAUUUCAAGGCAUUAAUGCAACUUGCGAUUUAAUGCAACUUGCGAUUUUUCGGUUGUACUGGGCUCAGUUUUAAAGCUAGAAAAGUAAGGAAUCCAGUGGUACCAACCGUCAUACUAACUUCUCGAGAAGAAUGUUAAAUAAUGCUCCAAACUUAUGCGAAAUUUUGGCGAGGAAAAACUGUCAUGGCCAUUUUCAAAGGGGUCCCUUGACCUCUGACCUCCAGAUAUGUGAAUGAAAAUGGUUUCUAUGGGUACCCA